GUGUCCCUCUCCGGUUGUCACCGUAUUCCCCGCAACCAUGUCCAGUCUUUCAUUGAUCGACUCAGUCAUCGAUGACGAUGACGAGUUCUGCCCCCUGUGCAUUGAAGAGUUCGAUCUCUCCGAUAAGAACUUUAAACCGUGUCCUUGUGGAUAUCAGAUUUGCCAAUUCUGCUACAAUAACAUUAAAACGCAGAAUGAAGAAGGACGAUGCCCCAACUGUCGGCGCGGAUACGACGAAAGUACCAUCCAGUACAAGAUUCCUGACGUUGAGGAAUUCAAGGCAGAUUUGGCACUGAAACACCGCAAGGCGGCUGCUGCGAAAAAGAAGGAAGCCGAAAAGCGUGAAAUCGAGGCUUCCAGUCGGAAGAACUUGGCCGGUGUCCGUGUUGUCCAAAAGAACUUAGUCUACGUUAUCGGCCUCAACCCUACGAUCCGAGAUGAAAAUCAACUCCUUCAAACGCUCCGUGGACGGGAAUAUUUCGGUCAAUAUGGCGAGAUUGAGAAGAUCGUGGUCAGCAAGGCUAAGCCCGGCGGCAACCCUAACCAGGGAAUUGGUGUUUACGUGACUUUCUCACGUAAAGCCGAUGCUGCGAUGUGCAUCAAUGCCGUGGACGGGUCUGGAAAUGGCGAUCGAGUGCUCAGGGCGCAAUACGGAACAACUAAAUAUUGCUCCUCCUUCCUUCGCAAUGAGCAGUGCAAUAACCGGAACUGCACUUUCUUGCACGAGACUGGAGAGGACAGUGACAGUUACAGCCGCCAGGACCUUUCAUCUAUGAACACGAUUUCCACCCAACGCCCAAAUCUCCCACCUACCCCCUCUCACGUGAGGUCCGCUCAACCCAUCGCCCAUCCUAUGCGCCGGCAACCGAGCAAGGAUGACUCGAUCAGCAGUCGCACCGGCAUACCAGAUGGCCCGGCUCUGCCAUCAACCGCCAGUUGGGCUAACAAAGAUGUUGCUAUUCAUCGAACAAGGAGGACUAGUCUCACUGGCAGCCAAGCCUCCAUUAAUAGCCCACGACCCGCUAGUGUCAAUGUUGCGACCCCGGUUGAAGAACCGAAGCGAGCAGAGAAGCCAUCUCCGAUUUCCCAAGAAGCCCCGCAAUCAAUCUCCCAGGUUGAUCCUCAAUCUCCCGCCCCGCAACCACGUCCUCGCCGUGCUCCCCAACCUCCGAAGCUGCCAUCUCCAUUUGACAAUUUGCUCAAGGAUAUCAACUCUCCGGAUUUCAGGUUCUCCUUCAGCACGGCCGAAUUGAGUGCGGAAGAGGUCAAGUUAAUCAAGGAUUACCCAUCCUUCAUCGAUCCAUAUGGUGGCGUCAAGCGCAGAGCAAUGCGCGAAAAAGUCGAACAGGAGCGUCUCAGCCGCGAGCACGAGUUGCUCCAAUCUGUUGCAGCCGAGGAAGAUAGCCGUGAAGCUGGUAGCCUCCAGCUAGGUGGUGAGCCAGAGGAAGCAAAUCCCCCGCGCAAUCGCCAGAGCCGGGAGUCUCACGGUGCUAUCCAGCCGCCUUCGCAGCAGGAUACUGCAGACAACUCAACUGUUGGAUCUCCUGUCUCUGCCACUAGCCAUCAAUUCCAAGGCUUGAACCUCGCUGGACGAAGCUUGACUCCCUUGCAGCAACAACAGUUGAUGCUACUCAAGUCCGCAGGUAAUCAACAAGCUGGUCUGGCUGACCCUCUCAGUUCUGCCGCUCUGGAUCAAGCCGCCCAAGUCCGCCAAGGCCUUGUACAGAAUCAGAUGGCACAGUUCAAUGCGCUACAGGCAGCACAGAGCCGACAGUCUUCCCGAUUCUCCUUUACGAAUGAGGUCGGAUCUAAGAAUAUGCCUAACGCACGCAUGUUGGGCCAAAUGCAAUCUUCAUCUCCCAACCCUCUUUCUGCCCCAAGCCCUCAACACGGUCUUGCAGCAGGCGGUUUCUAUGCCAGUGGUGUGCAGGGUCCCCCGCCAGGAUUGAAGACGGCUGGUACCCCUCCGAUUAGUGGAGGUGGAAUGUUCGCACAAGGACAUGGUUUCACCUCUGGGCUUGGUGGUAAUGGAGGAAAGCAAGAUCCGACUCCCGAGCUAAUGCGCGAACUACUGCGUGGACGAACUGGUACGAAUGUUGGUGGUGUACAGGGCCAAGAGGCAGCUAAGCGUGAGUUCAUGUUCCCUUUUCUUCAACAGCACAAUACCCCGCCCCCCAUGACUCCUGUCAAUGGCCUUCUCAGCUCCUUCUAUGGGCCCCAAGCUGGCGUAAUGCCUGAUUCCGGUGGCCCACAGAAGCAGAAGAAGAAGGGAAAGAAGCACAGACACGCUAACACUUCCUCCGGUGGAGGUGGUGUAGUAGAUCUUGCGGACCCGAGCAUUUUGCAGGCGAGAAUGCAUCAAGUCGGUGCGAAUGCUACUGCUGGGCAGGCGUUGUACGGGAGUCAGGGUCAAGGUGGGUACAACCCCUCGAUGGUGUAUGGUGGUGGCAUCAUAAAUGAGGACUUCCCUCCUCUUGGAGAUCAAUCCAAGGAUCGACGACCUGUUGACAGCUUUGGGUUUUUGAAGUCUCAGUUACCUGGCGAGUCAGCCGCUCGAGCUGGAACUCCGACCCUGCCACCUGGACUACCUUUACCCCAUGCUCAUCCCUCGUCCUCUGUCUUCCAGGAACACAGUUCCUCUAAACCUUCGUCUCCUGCCCCGAUUCUCCCACCUGGAUUGACGCCUAGCAUUUCGCGACUAAACAGCCCAUCGCAGAGCCGUAUUGACAGCCCCUCUCGUCUUUUAAGUCCUGAGCUCACCGUGGGUGGACCUUUGACAUCAAGCCGCGUGAAGGACGCUUCUCAAAUCUCCUUUGGAUCGCCCGUGCAAAAGUCCGCGAGCAAGCCUCGUACCCAACGCAAGAGCGAGUUCAACAUUGGAGCAGAUUUCAAAGAUUCUCCUGCAAAGGCUACACACCAGUCGCAACCGAGUCCUGCCACUACAAAAUGCAGCCCACUCGAUUUUGGCUCCCCGCUACCCCUAUCCGUCAAGACUGAGCAGGUUCCACCUCCUGGCUCUGUCUCCGUAAUCGGGUCGCGACCUGACACCCCCCAAACCAUCGCAUCCCGUCUUUCUGACUCCCCUGCUACCCGUCAGCCUCGUAUUCUGCGUGUGGUAGAAACCCCAAAGCCAGAAACUCCUCCCAUUGUCACCGCACCCUCUGUGCCUGCUUCUGUUACUGAAGGUACCAAGUCCCGCUCUAGGAGACAAAGCAUCUCGUCAACCAGCAUCCCAGACACUCCUGCUGAUAUGGGAUGGGAAGCUGAUUACUAUCCUUCCACCUCUGCCUCUCGUGCCAAUUCCCCUCCUGCUUCUACUCGUAUCGGCUCUGCCCCCGUUCGCUCCAUGACCAAGAGCCAGGCCAAGAAGGAGCGAAAGCAGAAGGCGAAGGAGGCCGAGGCUAAGAAGGUCGAAACUGCGCCUGUAAAUGAGGAGCCUGUUCAAGCGCCUAUCAUGGGGCGAAAACGCAAGACCAAGAAGGCCCCCGCAGCCACUGUGAACACAACUGAUGCACCCGCCGCUAGUGCCCCCGAAAAAACGAGCCCUGUGAAACCAGCCAGCGUUUCUCCAGUCAAAGCCGAACCCAAGGUGGAAAUUACUACGAAGAAAGUGAAAGCUAAGGAGAUCAAGCCUGUCAGAGAGCCUACUCCUCCCCCUGUCGAAGAGCCACCUGUUCAGAAGGAAAUACCCGUAGAGCCAUGGCGUUCAAACAAUACAGUUGGACAGCUGGUCAAGGACUCCGAGGCUCUUGGAAGGGCAAUCAAAGAUCUUUUCGUGGAACGAACCAAGCCCCUUCAUGAGUUGCUCGCUGAGAUGCACAAGUCCGGCGAACUUGACCUCAACAAAAGUUCCCUCUUCAACCCUAGCAACCUUAGCCAGCGCACCGACAUGAAGUGCACUGCAGAGGACUACGAUUAUCUCCAAUGUCCCAACGAGUUGACCGAGGAGGAUCGGAAGACUCUGCUUCGUGGAGAGCCCGUUCGAAUUGGCGAUGAUUUCCUCAAGACUCGAUGCCUCAUCACGCCCCGUGGUUGUGUCCUGCGCCACCUCGAGCCAGAAGAGGAGGAGCGGUACCUUGAGCUGGAGAAGAACAUGGCCGGUGUCUCCGAUCCUUUCAUGAUUGGAGACGACGCAAGCAAUCCCAGUGGAGGUCUGGAAGCACUUUUCGCGAACCCAGAAAAGUUCAACAUCUGCUGGGUUGACGACAUGCCCACUCGCCUGGGUGCCACGUCCCCAUCCUCUUCUCUUGAGGCGGCGGAAUCCGUGAUCCCACCUAACGUCCUCUCGGCCAUGGAGGCAGACAGCACCCGCAACCACGACUGGGCCGUUGCUAACUCUGCAGAAUUUCUCAACACCACCCCUGCUGCUGUUCGCUCCUUUGCUGCAGUUACUGCGCAGCACAUGCUGGGCAACCCGGGCAUGGUCGGUACCAACCCAACCCUCGACGACGUUGCCGGCUUGACCAACGAGGAACUGAAGGAUCUCUCCGGUCGUUCUCAGAAAGACCUCGAGCUUACCCGGAAAGAAAUGGAUUCACUGGACAAGAAGUUCGCAGCUUUGCUUCGACGCAACAAGAAGCUUCAGCAGCAGGCAUUGAACUUUGCUGCUGGGUCGGAACUGUAG